AAAAUAAUGAGCCAACCAGGGGCAAAUUAGAUGUUUUAAGCACACCGCGGCCUGGUAUAUAUAGAGGCAUAUGAUUACGACCGACAUCAUAAGUCAUUCGGUUUCUUGCGUUUACUGUUUACUAGACGAACAAACGUGCACCAUGAAAGUCCUGCUAGUACUGUGCCUAUUUGCGGCGGUCGCCCUAGCCGAUGACAAGUAUACGGACAAAUAUGACAAUAUCAAUCUGGACGAAAUCCUGGAAAACAAACGACUGCUGCUUGCUUACGUCAACUGUGUUAUGGAGAGGGGAAAGUGCAGUCCUGAGGGCAAGGAGCUUAAAGAACAUCUGCAAGACGCCAUCGAGACCGGCUGCUCAAAAUGCACAGAAGCGCAAGAGAAGGGUGCCUACAAGGUCAUUGAGCACCUGAUCAAGAACGAACUGGACAUCUGGCGUGAGCUGGCUGCCAAGUACGACCCCAAGGGAGACUGGAGGAAGAAGUACGAAGACCGCGCAAGAGCCAAUGGCAUCCAGAUCCCCGAAUUCAGCAUCGAUCCCAGGUACUUGAAGCCGCAACAAAAAAGACCAAGAGGGAGGCCUAAGAAACGUUGGAGCGACUGCAUUGAAGAAGACCUUAGAAAGAUGGGAAAGUUUACCAACUGGAAAAGAACAGCCAAGCUUCGUGAUAACUGGAGGAUGAUUGUAGAGGAGGCCAAGACCCACAAAGGGUUGAUGAAGUUUCAAGUGGUUGCUCUCGUGGUUACUCUGGCGGCGUUCGCGGUUGCCGAAACCUACACGGAUAGGUACGACAACAUCAAUAUUGAUGAAAUCAUUGAGAAUAGGAAGCUGCUGGUUCCGUACAUCAAGUGCGUGCUGGAACAGGGAAGAUGUACCCCUGAAGGAAGGGAACUUAAAGCCCACAUCAAAGACGCUCUCCAGACUUCGUGCACGAAAUGUACUCAGAAACAAAGGAAGGCGUCGAGGAAGGUAGUCAAGCACAUCAGAGCUAACGAGCUGGACUACUGGAAGCAACUCCUCGCUAAAUACGACCCUGACAGCAUAUAUGAGAAGAACUAUGAGUCUUUCCUUGCCGCUGAUGAUUAGAGAAUGUUGGAAGCUUGGUGGAUAAUUGGACAUUGAACGAAUAUAGUCAAAUAUCAAAACUUAGCUUGUAGUGUGCCUACAAAUAAAUAAUUUGGAAUAUAA